CACUGAUUGGCAUUGAUAGGUGGCACUGACUGGCACUGAUGGGUGACACUGAAAGGAAGCUCAGAUGGGCACUGAUAUGUGGCAUUGAUGUGCACUGAUAGGCACUGGUAUGUGGCAUUGAUGUGGCACUGAUGAGCACUGACAGAAAGCACUGAUGGACACUGACAGGUGGCACUGCUGGGGCUACACUGAUCAUCAGGGCACACUGAUCAUCAGUGCCCUGAUGAUCACUGUCAGCGUGACAGCUCGAGAGGAGAGAAAUGCCGAUAACCGGCAUUUCCCUGUUUACAUG